CGCCUUCCGAAUUUAUGUGGCCUAUAAUCGCUGGGGCCAGUCCGAAUGCUUGCCAAAAAUCAACUCCAAAAUAAGCUGGCUGCUCCAGAGGCCGUACGGACUGCGGAUAAGUACUUCUGGACGGGCACAGCCAAGGCCUCGACCAGCUCUCUGCCACCUUUUCCAAGCAGACUCACACUCGCUCCAGUGUCCAACAACCCCGUCAGUUGCUUGGUCAGAACUCGGACUGCGGCGAACGGUCUGGGAUCUCGCGAUAAACUGCGCCUCACGGCGGCCACUGCUUCGCGUCGGCAGUUCCGACGUUUGCGAAAUCGCUCCCUGGCCUUUUGCACCUUGCGAGACACCAUACGCAUCCCGCCUAACUGGUGCUCUGAGAAGAUCCUGUUCCUGGUCUCUAGAUACCGCCGCAUCCUCUCCACAUAAGCUCUUCUUCUCUGCGGAACUCCUGUUUGGACGCAUCCUCUCCGCCCUCGGAUCACAAUCCGGACAUUUGGGAGACACAGUGUC